AAGCAAUCUGGCGCGACCACGAAGGAUUCACGAGGAUUCGGCAUCAAUCAUACUUGAUUAUCAAGAUGUCAAAGGCGUAUAGCCUGCAUAUGCCCCAAGCUAACAAUAAGCUCCCCUUAACCCAUCACUGUCAGCCAGCGUAAGACGAAGCCUGAUCAACCUCUCCAGACCGUCCCAUCACGCAAGCUUGCUACAACGUACAUGUACGAAGACCACGGUAUCUCAUCUUGGUCACGUAUGCACACUGACUCUCCCAAUAGCCAAGUUAGAGACAACAUAGUCGGGGCGAAUGAUGCUAUCGACGAGAUCCAACCAUGCACGAGCGUCGAGCUCAACUACGACAUUUUGCUCUGCGUUAUGGCUCGCAUGGACGCGAAGGACUACAGAGUAAAAGACUUGCUCGCAAUGAUGUUUACCUGCCGGUCAUUUUACAAGAGUGGACUUCCUAUCCUGCUCCGACGUCCAGUCUACGUUGACCCCUCUAAUAUCGCAUCUUUCUGCAACUACAUGUUCAAGGACCUCGACUGGCAUGGAUCUCUCCUUCGUCAUCUGUACCUUCGGCACUCCGCCUCUUAUAGGGCGGUAUCAUGGCAUCUGAAACGCCUUUCACUAAUAGUCAAGCACGCCUCCAAAUUGAAAACCUUCAGCGCAUCCACUAGCGAAAGGAUCUUUAAAUAUGCUCCCGACAUGGUCGAAACCCUGAUCACGCUGCCCAACCUGAAUGAGCUCGAACUAUGGUCUAUGGGACACAGGGCUAUCACACUGCUCAGAGGAUCGUCAAGGAAACUCAUCCAACUAUCCCUUUCGCUUCUCGACGGUGCUCAGUUUCAUAUCCCGCAACUGACCCUGCCAAGGUUGGAAGAACUCACUCUACAUGAUGUUAGCUUUCGGACCUUCCAGGCAAGAUGUCCGUCGGUCAAGAGACUAGCAUUGGGCAUUACUGGCAUCGAUGAUUGGUCACUAUCAGACCUUGUUAGUUUAUUCCCGAAUUUGCGGGAAUUGGUGUUGCGUAGGCACCAUACAAUUCGUGACUUAGGGCGAGUGCAGUUCUUGCAUGAGGUCAAUAAACGGGAUCGGGGCUCGAUACCACACCCUUGGAUUGGGCUAGAAGAGGUCGAGGGUGAUCUUGCCAACAUCUUCGCGCUCGCAAUUCCUUGCAGUGUCAAAACCCUUCGACUGUCCGAAACACUUUUGGACCAACGCACCUUCAACUGGUUACCUACACUACUCACUGGCUGCCAGCCAAAAUUUCUUUCCCUUGACAUCGAAACCAGCCACCUUGAUUUGGUAUCUUUCGCGAAUUGCAAUCGACUCGCUGUUACAGCCCCACAAUUAAGCUCGUUCCAGAUAGUGAUUCGUAUCUGCAAUAACUUCGACCAAGUGUUAAACCUCCAUUCCUUCCUCGAUAUCGUGCUGCGCUUUAUAUCCUGCCCCUCCCUGAUUACUAUUGAAAUACAUCUCCAUGCCGAUUCUACCAUCAGGUAUACAGGCCAUCCGGCGUUGGAGGCUCUUAGAGACCUCGGCUCUUACAACUUUGCCAAGAGGGUACUGAAAGCUGUUGGUUCAAAAUCACUUCGACACAUAUGUCUUGCGAUAACAGGGAGGGGAAGCUCUCACUGGAUAGUGUCCAGGAACGGAGAGCUCAUUCGUGGUGGACGGUAAUGCUUUAUGCUACCACAGCAUGCACGCCCUUUCUUUCACUUCUGUCUGGGAAAGGGUUGAGGCAAAUUUCUGCAUGGAAGAAUGAUGUCCUCCCCACUGAAGCACCCGUCUAUUCAGAAUGCAAAAGUGACCUUUCCUCUGUAAGUAAAUAACGCGCAUGAUAUUCUGAAUGAGGACACCUGGGGAGAUAUAAAUACUUAUUCCCUGCAUACAUUCAAGAAACACAUGUCGAAAUACGUAGAAGCACCAUGUAUCCUCCCCAAGACUCUUUUCCUACGCCAAAAUUCCGCGAAUUCCACCCGAUUCUCGCUUUUAUAAUUGAGAUUUUCAGUUCAAAGU